AUGGGAGAGGACACAUCUGCCACCGCAGCCGAAGGGCAAGCGCAGAGAAAGAAGCAAAUGAUCCUGAACGCAUUUGUCAUGAACACCCCGGGUCACCUCUCCCCUGGAUUUUGGCGACACCCACGGAACAAGACCGAUCAGUACACAAAGCUGUCCUUCUGGACAGAUCUGGCACAACUCCUCGACAAGGCGGACUUUCAUGCCAUGUUCAUCGCGGAUACCCUGGGGCCGUACGACGUAUACAAGGGUCCUGCAAAUGUUGUGCCAGCUCUGGCAGCAGGCGCUCAGUUCCCAGUCAACGACCCCUUAUACCUGGUGCCCGCAAUGGCAGCUGUCACGAAGAAUCUCAUUUUCGGUGUCACAGCUAGCUUGACGUACGAGAAGCCUUAUGCGCUGGCUCGCCGUCUUUCUACGGUAGACCACCUCAGCGAUGGCCGUGUUGCCUGGAACAUUGUCACGUCGUAUCUUGACAGUGCAGCCCGCAAUCAUGGCCUGAAGGAGCAGAUCCCGCACGACGAAAGAUAUGCCAUUGCCCACGAGUACAUGGAGGUUCUGUACAAACUGUGGGAGGGAAGCUUUCGGGAUGACGCGGUUGUCAAGGAUCGCGAGAAUGGCAUCUAUAUCGCUGCCGAUGGCGUUCUCCAGAUACACCACAAGGGCAAAUAUUUCGAGGUGCCUGGCCCUCACUUCUGCGAGCCAUCACCGCAGCGAACUCCGUUUCUCUUCCAGGCUGGAGUAUCUGAGGCCGGCAAUGGCUUCGGAGGAAAGCAUGGCGAAGCCAUCUUUGUCGGCGGCCAGACUCCUGAAGGCGUGAGAAAGACUGUCGACAACAUUCGUGAGGUGGCAAGAAAGGAAGGGAGAGAUCCAAACCACAUCAAAGUCAUUGUGGGAAUCAACGUCAUUGUCGCAGCAACGGAUGAAGAGGCCCAAGCCAAAAAGGAAAGCUAUCUUCAAUAUGCCGACCAAGAAGGUGCCUUGGCUCUCUUUGGAGGAUGGACGGGAGUUGAUCUCUCAGGCUACGCAGACGACGAAGACUUCCGCUUCACCGACUCGCCGAGGUUGCAGUCGAUCGUCAGGAGAUGGUCGGAUACUGUGCCCGGAACAGACAAUCUUCCAUGGACUAAGAGAAGAAUUGUCGAGUAUCUCAGUAUUGGCGGCCUCGGCGCAAAGGUAGUAGGCGGUCCAGCAACGGUUGCCGACGAACUGGAGAGGUGGAUCGAGGUGUCAGGAGUAGACGGCUUCAAUUUGGCCCACGUUACCAACCCGGGUAGUUUCGAAGAUAUCAUCGAGUACCUUCUACCUGAACUGCGGAGGAGGGGCGUCUUCCGAAAUGGUGUCGAGAAAGAGGGCGCAACAGCACGAGAGGUAUUCAUCGGCUCUAAGAGACUGCCUGAAGACCACCCAGGGAGCUUCUUCAAGUGGCGAGCUGGCGAAAGCGCGCCGAAGUAUCUUCAAAAGGAAGAUGAGAAGGCAGGUAGCGAUUAG